ACUCACGUCCUGCGGAAGUAAACAAUCCGCAGCUGACGUGGAGCAGCAGACUUUCACCACCAGCAGGACAGACCGGAUCAACUGGAACUGAUUUCACUGGUUUAGAGAAACAUUUGUCGCUUCAUUGGCUGUCUUGCUUUAAAUUGUACUAAAUGGGCUCCGUUGGCGUCGUCUAAACUCCCGGGAUAACUUAACGGCCCUCGUUAAACUCUUCGUUCUAAAGUAAAAUGGCGGCAGCGGAGGAGGCCAGCAGACCGUUCGCCGGGCUGUCAGACGUCUCCAUCUCGGAGGACAUCCCGGUGGAGGGAGACAUCUCUGUGCCCGUCGGCUCCUCCAGGCGGGACGACGAGUUCUCCACGCUGGACGAGCCGGUGAAGGAGACCAUCUUGCGGGACCUGCGGGCGGUGGGGAACAAGUUCAUCCACGUCCUGUACCCGAAGCGGAGCUCGGCUCUGCUGCGGGACUGGGACCUGUGGGGCCCGCUGCUGCUCUGCGUGACGCUGGCUCUGCUGCUGCAGGGCGGCGCGGCUGACAGCGACGACCAGGGAGGACCGCAGUUCGCUGAGGUCUUCGUCAUCAUCUGGUUCGGCUCCAUCAUCAUCACCCUCAACUCCAAGCUGCUGGGCGGGACCAUCUCCUUCUUCCAGAGCCUGUGUGUGUUGGGAUACUGCAUCAUGCCUCUGACGGCGGCCAUGGCCGUGUGCCGGAUCAUCCUGGUCGGCGGCUCGGGGAGGGUCAGCUUCGCCGUGCGGCUGGUGGUGGUGACGGCAUCCUUCGGCUGGUCCACCUUCGCCUCCACGGCCUUCCUCGCCGACAGCCAGCCGCCCAACCGCAAGGCGCUGGUGGUGUACCCGGUGUUCCUCUUCUACUUCGUGAUCGGGUGGAUGAUCCUGACGUUCUCGCCGUCACAGUAGAAGCGAAACAGAAGGAACGGAUCCGAGUUAAAAUGACAAAGAUGAGGGAGGUUUUUGUGGAGUGAAAGAACUCAAACAAACACCGGUAUCUGCCUUUGAACGAAGACGAAUGACUACUGAACUGACUGUGUGUGUUUCUGGGCCUCUGAUACAAUAAUUAGACUCAUGAGACACCAAAAUAAUUCCAAACUAACUCUUUCAGGCGAAGCAAUGGCUCGUACUCAGAUUCAGGGAAGUCCAGUCGACGCUGUGCUGCAGAUGGAGAGUCAAAAAGCUGAUGAAUAUGUUCGUACAUUUCCAGUUUAUCUCCCAGGUAUGUUUAUGAGCUGUGUAAAAAAAAUAAAAAUAAAUAAGGUCCAUAGGCUUGUAUAUAGAAAUCCUCUAUGAAUGUUUGAACUGAAUGUUUCAUAUGUAGACAUUUAGCAGAUGCUUUUAUGCAAGCUUGACUAAGAACCCUGACUGUCUCUGACUCUGGCUAACCGUCGCCUGUAGUUUUUGGCUCCAGUCAUCCCUUUUCAGCAUGUUUCGUUUGCUAUUUUGGGAGCAUUUUUGUUUUUUAGUAGACAGAUGACAGUGGAGAGAUGAGAGGAAAAGAAAGGGGAGAGAGAGAUUGGGUAUGACCCUCAGCAAAGGUCUCCAGCCGGGCUCUUUAAAACCCAUAGGCCAUCAGAGCAUCCCUAAUUCAGCAUGUGGAGGCAGAUGAUGGUUGUUUUACUCUUUUAAAGCAAUAGUUCGACAUUUUGGGAAAUAUACUUAUUGACUUUCUUGCUGAGAGUUAGAUGAAGUUAAAUAAAUAUGAAGCUACAGCUAGUUAGCUUAGCACAAAGACUGGAAGGGAGGGGGUCCAAAGGUAACAUAAUCCACCUACCAGCACCUCUAAAGUGCAUUCAUUUACAUAUUAUAUCUCAUUUGUUUAAUCCGUACCAAAAUCGAAAUGUAAAAACGAUAACUCUUCUUCCAUUUUAUGGGGAGUUAUGCACCAGAAUGUUUCUUGACACGAGAGUGGAAUCAAUCUUCUCAUCCAGCUCCUGGCAAGAAAGCAAAUACGUGUAUUUCCCAAAAUGUCAAACUAUUUCUUGAAGGACUGGAUAUAGUCUAAAACACAGACAUGGGGUGUGAUGAUGUGUCAUCAGAUGUAGACUUCGCUGCGCGUCUGCAUCAGUGAUGCGCUCACACACGGUGAUCCCGCCCCUUACGGACGUGGGCAGGAGGCGGAGUUUACGUCACGCGGACCCUCCCAACCUCACGGAUGCACAGACUGUAAUUUGGAUGUAAGUAUUUCGCCUCCAGCUUUUCUUCUUCUAGAAGUAAAACGCCACAGAGUGACAGUGCCAGAGCUAAUCUAAACUUCACAGCGUCAGGUGCAAGUUUUUAUCAGCUACUACUGACUCGAUGUUUCUCAGCCUGGAUCUAGACCUCAUGAUGGCUGCCCGCAUCUCUGAUUUCAGUGAUUCAAAUAGAAUGAUGAAUGAUGAUUAUCAGGCUAGUUAUUUCUUCUAACGCAGGCAUGUUGACAGUCAGCUGUGCUUGAACUGUAGUGUUUCAUCAGCCAUCUUGGUUCUUUGAGGUCACCAAAUGGACAGCUGGAGUAAGGAUGAUGCCCUUUUUGGUUUCUUUAGUUAGAAGAUCCAAUUUCAUUGCCAUGAUCUCUGUCUUUACCUUCAUGUUAAACCCGCAGCUGAAGGAUCACACCUUCUUUGACUAUUUACAUGCUGACUUACAAAACGUGCGGACUUUAUGCUCCCUGCGGGGUUAAAACGGCAUUCUGGGAGACGUAGGAAAUCAGUAACUGACGUAGAAGUGGACGCAGCAGGUUGAGGAACACUUCAUUAUAGAAAAUGUCAGCUGGAGCGAACUGAACGGCACAGACUGAUGAUGCAAUGAUUUUGGUGUGACGUCUGAUCCAGAUGACGUAUGAAUCUCUGACUCUGCUUCUCCCGCCUGAUGCUUCCCGUUCAGGCUGAUUGUAUGUGAUCUACUAACCUGCCUGGUGACCUUUGACCCCUGCUCUGUAGACACAUUGCUGUCAACCAAUCUUCUCCAUCUAUAAAUAAUCUUAACAUUCUCUCAAAUCAGCUGGGCUAUUUUCGUUGGUUUUCUUUUAAUUUAUAUGUAUUCAUUUACAUCAACAAAUGAAAAAUAUUAAAAUAUAUUUGAUCAGCUGUGAUUGUAUUUAUAUAUAUAUAUUUUUUUUUCAGUCCACCUACAGGCUCAGCUCUGUUUUAACACUAAUUAAAUCACUUCCAUACA